AGGACACUCUGUUAAGGAUACAGUCAAGUGGCAAUAGUUACCACGUCAAAGUUUACUUCUCCAACAUUUGCCCAUGAUCCUUAGACACACUGCACACGAACUCUCUCAUUUCUGCAGCUGGCCGAGCAUGCGCGAGUUGCUUUCGGGAAUCCGGAUAUGAUGAAAAUGUUUUAGUCCAAACUUUUUUCAAGCGAACCAGCAGAAUGUCGAUGACAUUAGAAGUAAUAUUUCAACUUUUCCCGCGCGAAUAGCGCGAUAAACGGAAUCAUUGGAAACGUUUUGAUAACUUUGGAGAUAUUUGAAUUUACAACUCUUGCGGAAUUUUCCAACGAGAAGGCGUUUCACUGUGGAGGAGGGAUGGGAGUGAGUCAAACUUGAGACAGGGAGUUGUCAUGUUUGUAAGGGUUGAAGACUAAGGAGGAAAAGGAGGCUCAUCUUUAUCUGUCGUGUAUCACUCCAAGAGGACUGUCUCAUGUCCACUGAGACCGUCUUACCUCUGGAAGGGCCUGCUGGGCCAGGGAAGGACCUUCAACAGGAGACAAGUCCUCUUCUCCCAAACUCUCACGAUGCUUGUGGCAGUAACGAAUCAUCUGAAACUACAAACCCAUCCAGAACACCGUGUCCCAGAGGCACGUCCAUUGAAGUACAAAGUCACGUGACGGGGGAAAACCCUACCUAUUGUGACCCUGUUCGAACUCAACCUCAGCCGCUGCCCCAGCCAACCGCCUCUGCGCAGGGAGAGCCCGGCGAGGGAGAAGAUGCUGCUUCUGACAGAAGUCAAAAUGGCCACCAAUCCUCCACCGGCCUGAGUAACGGCAAUGGAAUCCGUCGGCAAUGUUCCUGUGGGGCGGAGCAGCACAGGAAGCAGCACCCAUCGCCCGGCGUCUCCCAGAAGAUGCAGAGCCAGCUUCGUUCCAGCCUGUCGGUCAACAGCGACAGCAGCAGACGGAGUAAGGGAAGCUCCACCGGAUCUCACAAGCCUGGGACGUUACCAGAGGACUGCUGUGUCCACUGCAUCCUGGCCUGUCUGUUCUGUGAGUUCCUGACCCUGUGCAACAUGGUGGUGGCCCAGGCUAGCUGUGGCACCUGCACCUCGGAGGCCUGCUGCUGCUGCUGCUGCGCUGAGGACAUGGGAGAUGACUGCAACUGCCCCUGCGACGACAUGGACUGUGGCAUCAUGGACGCCUGCUGCGAGUCCUCCGACUGCCUGGAGAUCUGCAUGGAGUGCUGCGGCAUCUGCUUCCCCACAUAGGAAGGACCAUGAUGGCGAUGGGAUUGGGAAUGUUGGUCGUAGUGCUACUGCUACCUGUACUUUACGCUCCAGCAGAGAGGGAGGGAGAGGAAAAGUGUGUGUGUGGGCUAAUUAGGUGUGUGUGUUUAGCAUAUGUGUGUGUUUACAAGUGCGUGCCUUCGAUUUAAGCCCACACAGAGAGAUCUAUUAAUCUACACUGGGCCUCUUUGCCAACAUGGCCAAGCAGGGGCCAAAAAUAGUUUUAUAAAUGCUUUUUGUUACGUACCACAAGUAUAAACAUGCUAUAUGAACAUUUAUUUUAUUUACCAAAGUGUGUUUUUAAAUUUGACCAAUAUGUUAAUCAGUUCUUUAAAAAGUAUUACCUUAGAUGCCUUAUUGGAUAGGAAGAUCAUCUCUAUCAUUUCAGGAAUACUGUCCGACAGACAUCUUUGCCUUGAAAGUUUUCUUCUUUUUUCACUACCAAAAUGUAAAUUCCUGACACUAAACCAAAGGAAUACAUGUUCUACCUUGAUAUUUAGCAGCCUUUUAGUGUGUUUAGACAGUACUGUAUGACACUGUAAUAACUUUGUUUUUUUGGAUGUGUUUUUCCUACUCAUAUUAAUACACCUAUUAGAGGUAUAAGAACUACGAGACACACAUUCGUGGACAAUGUCUAACAGAACAGCCGUAGUUAUAGUCCAUAUCUACUGUAGUUUGCAAAACUAUACGUUUUGAAAAGCUCCAUGUAAAGAUAGUUUGAAGAUCAGCACUAAAUCGGGUAGAUUAGUGUAUACCUUUUUCUGUUAAUGUAUUUAAUCCAGAUAUCAGUUUUUGUUCUGUAACAUUUCAACUAUGUAAAUAAUGUAUGUGCUUUGUAGGGCACGUUUUAGUUGUCUUUCGGAUUCAAGUGUGCUUGAGUUACUUACAAAACUGCACAAAUGGAGCUCCAUUAUGUAUAACCAAUGCUAAUCUCGGACACCCACAACUAAAAUCUCUGUUGCUUGUCGUCGCAUCCCAGAGUCUUUAGGAAGAUGUUACGAAACCAUUUCUCUUACGUAGUCUGUCCACGAGAGACUUCUGCUAAUAUCUACCUGUAUCAACAAAUCUCUUUUGAGAAGGAUUGAUGGAUGACAGGCAGGGUUAACCAUAGGGUUAACAUGGAGUUCAAGGACAUUACAUUUACAUUUAAGUCAUGGGUUGUCAGGCUUUGGAGUAUGCUGCCAUUGCUGUUAUUAGAUCAGAGGAGAUUUUGAUUUAGGCCUACCGUCAACAGUUCACUCCAGAUAUGAGUAGUAGAAUUCUUGUCUGAUUGUUGGCCUGAUAUAACUAAUGAUUAAUGCACAUUUGAGUUAUACUGUAGCGUGUGCCCUCACGCAAUGUUAAAGCCAUAUUGUUGGAAAUAAUGGUUUUAGUCUAUCCUGAAGACCCUCACCAUGGUUUUCACCUGUCAGUCUUUCAAGCCGUGAAUUUACUGGAUAUACAUUGGAUAUACUGGCUUCCUGGAAUAUACAAGGGAUGAGACAUUUUUACGACUGGUGAAUUGCGCAACAUUUUAUCAUUGUCAUAACAUUUUGUUCCCUACAAUCAUUGUUUUAUAUUGUUGUCAAUUUUGCUCAGUCUUACACUCCUCUUUGAUUACAUACUGUACGGUACGACUGUUAGUUCUGUGAUGUUAUUUAGCAUGUAUUUGGGAUACUGCCUCAGUAUUACUUGUUCAAAUGCACUCUUUAGUAACAGAAAGUGAUAAGGAAUUAAAACAUGGCUGACCCUGUUUGCCAUAAGCGGCUUUUGGAUUACAAGUGAAUGACUCGCAACACAAUAAGGAAAUAUUCUGGACUGUCAGAUUCAGAGAAGAGAAUCUUAAACUAAUGAACAACAUUUUUUUUUUCUUCUUCUGUGUAUCAAGUUGAGUUUGGUGAAUCACUUUCUCAGUCUCAAAGAUUUGCUUUGAUGUUGUUUUAGUGAUACUUAACACAGGGACUCAUUAGUGUGUUGCUUUUCUAAAUGGCAAAGUUCCUUCACUUUACACCAUCAAAGAUAAUGUGCUGUCAGAUCUUAGGCUUGCUUCUCUAAUGGUGGAUUGUCAUUAUGUUUAAAGGAGUUGGAAGGACACCUCCGCAGCAGAUAGUGUUCAGUCGCACUCUGUAUGAAACUAAGCCGCUGACCUCUUAACAUUCGUAUGAUUAACUAACACGGUCUUUCUCUGGAUAUUUUCUUCUGGAUAUACAGGCCUAUGAACAGGAACAACACUAUAGAUAAUGUGAAGACAUAGUAUUUACAUGUAUUUAUCUUUUUUUCCCUCUAACUGUAGUAUGUUUUUAUAUUCUUUCCACUAGUUGUGUAUAUGAUAUACUGUACCGUCUUCACCAUCUUCUAGAAUACCUAUUUUCACUGCAUUUAGCAUACAACACAGUUUGUAGGUUGUUGUACAUUAAUUCAGAAUCAUGUCUGAAAUAAUAAAAAAUAUAAAAAUAA